GCUGCGCGUGCGCGCGCAUGUUCUGGUUCCCGGGCCGCCGCCAUGGCUUCGUCUCCUCCUCCUCCUCCUCUGCCGCCGCCGACCUCUGCCGCUAAGAUGGACAUUCAGAACGCCACGCAGCACCUGCGGGACAUGUUGAAGCUGGACCGCGUGUCCGAAUCAACAGUUAAUGGCCAAAAGAAAACUAUGCCCUACAAUGGAGAACUGAACGGAUUGUUGGUUCCCGAUCCUAUUGCAGCUGGCGAUGGACCUGUUCUUAGAGAGUCAAACCAUGCCAAUGCACACAGACUGAACCAACAAGAAAAUCAAGAGAUAUAUCUCUCUGGUGAUGACAGUUCAAACUGCGUUAUAUCUGCCAAAGAAGUGGAAAUUAUAGCAAGCAAUGACUCCAGUGUCAGUAAUAAGGCUAGAGGUAGCAACAAGGUAAAAAUACAACCUGUUGCAAAAUAUGAAUGGGAGCAGAAAUAUUACUAUGGCAACCUCAUAGCUGUGUCCAAUCAGUACUUGGCAUAUACCAUUCGUGGAGCUAAUAGCAUUGGCAUGGUACGGGUUUUGAGCAUUGGUAUGGCUGAGCGGACCUUACUGAAAGGAUUUACUGGUGGUGUUGCUGAUCUGGGUUUUGCACACCUCAACUCUAACCAACUAGCCUGUGUUGAUGAGGCAGGCAACCUUUUUGUCUGGCAACUGAAUGAAGAAAAUGGAAAAAUACAGGAAAAAAUUGUAAUGCACAUUAAGAGACCAGAUGGAACACCUUUAAAUGCAAACAGGAGAAUCAUCUGGUGCCCCUUUAUUCCAGAAGAAAAUGAGGAAAACGAUGAAGGCAGUCAAACGCUUGCUGUUUUACAUGAAGAUAGGGCUGAGGUCUGGGAUCUGGAUAUACUAAGAAACAGCAAAAGCACUUGUCCCGUUGAUGCAACAGAUAUAAAGGAAGGCGUUAUCAUUGUGAAGGGGCACACAGCUCGGAUCAGUGAAGGAGCUUUAUCGCCGGAUGGAACAGUUCUUGCAACUGCGAGCCAUGAUGGAUAUGUGAAGUUUUGGCAGAUCUACAUAGAGGGGCAAGAUCAACCAAGAUGUCUUCAUGAAUGGAAGCCCCAUGAUGGGAGACCAUUAUCUUGUCUUCUCUUUUGUGACAAUCACAUAAAACAGGAUCCAGAAGUCCCAUUCUGGCGUUUCUUAAUUACUGGAGCUGAUCAGAAUCGAGAGCUGAAGAUGUGGUGUACUGUAUCAUGGACUUGUUUACAAACGAUCAGAUUUAUGCCUGAUUCUCUUAAUACCAAUGUGCAGCCAAGUCUGAAAGCUAGCUUGGAUCUAUCUGCAGAAUAUCUAAUCCUCAGUGAUGUACAGAGAAAAGUAUUGUAUGUGAUGGAGCUACAUCAGAAUCAGGAUGAUGGCAAAGCCCAUUUUGUUUCCAUAUCUGAAUUCUUGCUUACCCUCCCAGUGCUCAGUUUUGGCAUUCAGGAUGUCAGCAGAUGUCGGCCAAGGCACACAGAGGUUCUGCCCGCUGAGGAAGACAGUGAGACUUUAAGUGCAGAAGGAAAUCCAGGCCCCAUUGAAUCUUCAGUAGUACAGAUAAAAUUGUACUGUGUACACACCAAAACACUUCAGGAUGUGCAAAUUUAUUUCCAACCACAUCAGAAUGCAAGAGAACCCUCUGCUUCCCAUGAAGAUUUCAACCAUCUAGCAGAUGUGAGCAUUGAGGGUGCAUCGUCUGAUAAAGGCUCUGGGAGAGGAUCUCAGCAUGACCUGCGGCGUAUAGUUGAUCUUCCAACACCUGCAGAUUUUCUUUCUGUUGCUAAUGAUGUGAAACCAAAGUUAAUGACUCCAGAUGCUUUCAUGACUCCUAGUGCUUUGUUGCAACAGAUUUCUGUGUCACCAGGGAGCAGUGUAAGCACUUUAACUGCAGUGACUGGUUUGAGUACUAGCUCUGCCAAUGAGACUGGAGCAUCAAGACCUACUGAAGACUUGUGCCUAAGUCCAAAGGUGACAUUGGAGAGUGUGACUCUCAGUGGAAGCACAAGCAGCAGUGUCCAAGCCAGUCCCAGAAACAAUUCUGUGCAGCUUAUUCCAGGACUUUCUGACCAGCUUCCUACAAAACCUCUUCAAGUUACUGGUGCUAACUCAUCACUUCCUUUGGAGCUUCAGUCUGUGGACCCCCUUUGUGUGCCUCAAAGUUCACCAACACGGGAACGUUCCCCUGAUGUGAUUUCUUCUGCUUCCACAGCAAUGUCUCAGGACAUCCCAGAAAUAGCCUCAGAGACUCUUCAGCGUGCAUUUGCAGGCUCUGUGCUGGCCAGUGAGGUUCUGGACUCUAACCACCACAUGGACAGCAUGGCCUCUGCAGCUUCAGCCCUGCACCUGUUAUCUCCAAGAAGUCGGCCUAACUCGGAACAUAGCCAUCACUCACUAGAUAUGCCGCAGAUGGAAGUGGAACGGCUGAGCACUCCAUCACUUUUAGAAACUGUUUUGUCUCAGGAUAAUACAGCAGGGGAGAAUGUUGCCAGUCAGCCUUGGCCAGCGGCACCUGAUGUAACUCGAGAAACUCGUAACAGCAUCAAUGAGAGCUCUAGAGAGGUUAUGCAAGAGAAGCACAAGAACUCCACCUUCCAUCGACAUCCGUACCAGCUACACCAACAUGACAGUCAGGAUGCCAGUGCUGAACAGAGUGAUCAUGAUGAAGAAGUUGCUAGUCUUGCUUCCACGUCAUGCAGCUUUGGUUCAAAAUCUGCCUCUCAUCGACUUCCAGUUAAAGACUGGAAAUCAAAAAUAUCUCCACGAUCCUCUCCGAAGUUGAAGAGAAAAAGCAAAAAGGAAGAUGGGGAGACCACACAGUCCCCGAGGACAGAACAGCAGCACCAGUUCAACACAAACCAACAGGAGGAGUUGAUGUCUAUGAUACGCAGUCAACAGAGGGAGCUCUGUGAAUUGAGACAGAAUCAGUUGGAACUUGUACAAAGGCUCACUGAUCACAUGGAUGCAGUCCAGGGCUCCAUUAUGGGGCACGUGGAGCGAAUUAUGGUGACACAGCAAGAACAAGAACAAAGACGAACAGAUAGGAUCUUGGCAGAAGGACGUGAAAGAAAUGGACAGUUUCAGGAGCAGUUCUCUCAUCAGCUGUCUCAGACUUUAGCAAAUUCAAUCAGUAAUCGAAUAGAAAAGACUGUCCGUGAUGAGAUGAAGAAAUCUUUACCACAAUCUAUUUCCAAAAGUUUGGAGCCGGUGUCUGGCCAGUUGAAUAAUCAGAUUGCAGCCAAACUUGCGGCCAUUGAAGGAGUAUUAAAAGAAAAUGUAACAAAAAUGGUAAAAUCUAAGAACACUGCAGAAAGUAUUGGAAGAGCUGCGGCUGAUGCUUUGCAAGGACCAAUACAAUCUACGUACAGAGAGGCAUUCCAGAGCAUAGUUGUACCCGUGUUUGAAAAAGCAUGCCAGUCAAUGUUCCAGCAAAUAAAUGACAGCUUCAAACAGGGAACACAAGAAUAUAUCCAGCAACUUGAGACUCACCUUCAGUCAAAGAAGGCCCAAGAGCAAGAAAACAGAGAUCCAAUGAUCAAUCAGCUGCAGCAAAUGACUGAUCACUUCCAGAACGCCACAGAUCAUCUUGCUGCUACCAUCACAAAUGGUAUGCGUUCAGAGAUGCAACAUCAGCUUCACAUCAUUGUUGGCAAUUUGCAGGAAUCGAUUUUAACUCAAGUGCAGAGAAUCGUUAAAGGAGAAGUUGGCCUUGCAAUGAAGGAACAACAGGCUGCUGUUGCUUCUAGCAUAAUGCAGGCCAUGCGAUCAGCUGCUGGCACUCCAAUUCCAUCAACUCACAUGGAUUUCCAAUCCCAACAGGCCCAUAUUUUACAGCUGUUGCAACAGGGACAACUGAACCAAGCUUUUCAACAGGCCUUGACUGCGGCAGAUCUCAACCUGGUACUUUAUGUCUGUGAAACUGUGGAUUCUCACCUAGUCUUUGGUCAGCAUCCAUGUCCCCUAACCCAGCCAGUUUUGCUUUCACUUAUUCAACAGCUCUCCACAGAUCUCAACUCUCGCACAGAGUUAAAACUCGGUUACCUGGAAGAUGCAAUCAUGAAUCUAGAUCACACAGACCCAGUUGCCAGGGAUCAUAUGGGUUCUGUUUUAAAUCAAGUGAGACAGAAACUGUAUCAGUUCAACCAAGCAGAACCUCCCAAUAAUGUGAGUAAAAGAGCUCGAAGACUUACGAUGAUGCUUCAGGGACUGAUGACUCCACUGAGUUAAAUUGAACUCUAUGGCUGAUGUGCUUCUGCCACCUGUAAUGAUUGUGUUAUAACUAUACGAUUCACAUCUGUACGUUACGAAUUAACAUAACUGUUUUAUUAAAAAAAAUGGAACCUCCCUUAUCUGUGGUAAGAAAAUUGGUUUGGAGCCACAGUUCAGUCCACCUAAUGCAUUAGUUACUUUAAAAAAAAAAAAAAAAAAAUCUUUUCUCUAAUUUGGAUAAUCCAUUUUAUAUGUUGGUCAGUUUAAAACAAAACUAUGUAAAUAUAAGCAUCCUUUUUCCUACUCCAUAGUUACAUUUAUGAUACGGUAAAACUAUCUGCAUGUUAGCAUAAGUGUAUCAAACACAUAAUUGAACAUCAACCUUCUGUUCUCACAUUCUUUAAGCAUUAAAAAGCAUUUCACUAUAAAAUUCUGACCUCGACUUAGAGUUGAAUACAACUGUCACGAGUUGAAUGAGCAUCCAAAAUAUAUUUUCAGAAUAUUUCUAAUUAGUGUUUGACUGUUACUGCUUGAAAUUUCACUCAGCAAAUAGUUUAUUUCCAUCAUGUUAGUUCAAAAAGAAGAAAAACAGGUUUGUGUUAAUUGAUGUUUUUCAGCAUUUACAAUUUUGUUGUAAUUUUAAGUUUGUUUUUUUUAAUCUUGAAUAUGGAAAUUUCCUGUUUGGAUAAUGUUUCAAAAAUGUUCACAAUAAAAAGAUUUUUUGGAAAUUAUCUGGAUUGGUUUAUCUUUAAAUUAUUAGCACUGAUUUGUAUGUUUUAAUAUUGCAAAACGUUCCAUUAUUUGUUUUAUCAAGGCAGUUGUCGAGUAAACUGCUGCCUUUUGUGUAACACAUAGUAACUUUUUGAUUGUUCGUAUGAUCGUUCAAAAUGUUAUA